CGAGGCCGGAGCCGAGACGGAAGAAGCCGCCGCCGCCGCCGCACAGCAGCCGCCACCUCCUGCCGGAGCCCGACAUGGCGCUCUGAGCCCAGCCCCGGCCGCGCCGAGAGCCGCCACCCCGCGCGCCUCUCCGGGGGGCUCCGAGCAGCCGCCCCCGCGCCGGCACCGGGAAGCGGGGCAUGGGCAGGGCCGCUGCUAGGAGCCCGGCAGGCAUGGGAGGAGAGCGGCGCUAGGGUCGCCGUCCCGCCCGCCUCGCAGCUCGGCCCCAGCCCCGCGGCCGCGAGGCCCCGCCGCCGCCGCCCAGGAGCAGGGAGGCCGAGAGAGGGGAGCAGCCGGCGGCGCCCGGCCGCCGCAGCCCGCCAUGGCCCACUCGCCCGUGGCGGUGCAAGUGCCCGGCAUGCAGAACCAUAGAGCAGACCCAGAAGAGCUAUUCACAAAACUGGAACGCAUUGGGAAAGGCUCCUUUGGUGAAGUCUUUAAAGGAAUUGAUAAUCGGACGCAGCAAGUGGUUGCUAUAAAAAUCAUAGACCUUGAGGAAGCAGAAGAUGAAAUAGAAGAUAUACAGCAAGAGAUAACUGUUUUAAGUCAGUGUGAUAGUCCUUAUGUAACGAAAUACUAUGGAUCAUAUUUAAAGGGCACAAAACUAUGGAUAAUAAUGGAAUACUUGGGUGGAGGGUCAGCUUUGGAUCUUCUGCGUGCUGGCCCAUUUGAUGAGUUCCAGAUCGCUACCAUGCUAAAGGAAAUCUUGAAAGGUCUUGACUACCUACAUUCAGAGAAAAAAAUUCACAGGGAUAUAAAAGCUGCCAAUGUCUUGUUAUCAGAGCAAGGUGAUGUUAAGCUUGCUGAUUUUGGAGUUGCUGGGCAGCUGACAGACACGCAAAUUAAGAGGAAUACCUUUGUUGGAACUCCAUUUUGGAUGGCCCCUGAAGUUAUUCAGCAGUCAGCGUAUGAUUCAAAAGCUGACAUCUGGUCAUUGGGAAUCACUGCUAUUGAACUAGCCAAAGGGGAGCCACCCAACUCUGAUAUGCAUCCAAUGAGAGUUCUGUUUCUCAUUCCAAAAAACAAUCCUCCAACUUUGUUAGGAGAAUUCAGUAAACCUUUUAAAGAAUUCAUCGAUGCAUGUCUGAAUAAGGAUCCAACAUUUCGCCCUACAGCAAAAGAACUUCUGAAGCACAAAUUCAUUAUGAAAAAUGCCAAGAAGACUUCAUACCUGACAGAACUAAUUGAUAGGUUUAAGAGAUGGAAAGCAGAGGGACAUAGUAGCGAUGAAACUGAUUCCGAUGGUUCUGAUUCGGAGUCAAGUAACAAAGAAAACAACUCUCAUCCUGAGUGGAGCUUUACUACAGUUCGAAAGAAACCAGAUGCAAAGAAGCUGCAGAAUGGGACGGAUCAAGAUCUUGUUAAAACCCUGAGUUGUUUAACUAUGAUAAUCACCCCUGUCUUUGCUGAGCUCAAACAGCAGGACACAAAUAAUGCUAGCAGAAAGAAAGCAAUUGAGGAACUUGAGAAAAGCAUCAAUAUGGCAGAAGCAACAUGUCCAGGGAUCACAGAUAAGAUGGUGAAGAAACUUAUGGAGAAAUUUCAGAAAUUUUCUGUUAAUGACUCAUCCUAAGAAACUUCACAUAAUUGACUGCUGUUUCAUAUGGACCCAGUGAAACCCACCAAAACUACUUCAAGCUUGGCAGUGCUUAGCUCAUGAGCUCCUUGUGCCUUUUGGAUCUUUGCAACAUAUUGAUGGUGAUUUGAGGAUUUGAAAGAACCUACUCAACUAUUUUGUGGCAGUGCACAUGGUUUUAUAUUUUCAGGAAAUUAUUUUGUAAAGAACAACUUUUAAUAUUGUAGUUUCACCAGUUUAAUCUGAUAAAUGUUGAGGUGCAGUUUUGCUUUUAGAAAUAACCAUUACUUUAGUUGAUAGAAAGUGCAAGUACAGUAUGUUUUGAUGCUAUUUUGUUCCUGUACACAGGGAUGUACAGGUCUUUUGUAUUCAUGAGUUAAACUUUUGUAAAUCACUAACAAGCUUCAGAGAAAAUAGCUUUUUCACAAGCAUAUUCAAAACAUGUAUUGUAGUGGCAAGGGUAUUGCUGUAGCACCUGCUUCAACCAGCAUAUAGUUAUCGUGCCCUGAAGAAUAAACCUGCAACAGUAUCUAUUAUAAUUCUAAAUUGGUACAGUAUUUUAGGCAGCUCUAUGAUUAAAUAUAUUUGAGAGCAAUAUGUCAAUAGUUUGCAGGUGAUAUGUAGCAACAGGUAUAUCCUGAUGUACAGUAUAUGUAUUACCUUUUAGAACAAGUAGUAAUUCAAUCUUACAUCAUCAUGGUAGGAAAAUUAAAGCAAUACAGUUGAGGGGGUGGGGCUUUUGGCAAUAAUGGACAAAAACUGAAGUCCAAUUUUAUUUAACUUAAUUUUUUUCCUCUGAGUAUACAUACCUGGGUGGAAGGGAGCCAGAGAAGCCGAGCGUCGCAUGAUACAUACCUCACAAGCAGGUAUAAGUGUAACACCAGCGUUCUUUGUGGUGGUGUUGUUUCUCCUGUAAGAUAUUUAUACACAUUUUUGUUCUUAAAUACAUUAAAUACAGUACAUCAACAUAAUUUGUUUAUAAUUUUCUGAAAGUGUAUUUUAAAUAUGUAUUUACCAGUUAAUAUGCAAAUAACUGAGUUAUAGAUAUUCUUUCACAAAAAAGUAGUACUGUGCAGUAUGGAGUGAUUUUUUUCAUAAAAAGUAGGUAAGAUUAUAAAGUUGCUUUCAGUUAUAUAUUUAUGGUACUGCUAACUGGGUAAUCUCUUCUGGUUUUAUAUUAUUUUUUUGUUAUUAUUUGUUUUUCUUUCUUUUUCAACCCAGUAUGUAUAUUAUGCUGAAAUUUUGAACUGGGAUUUUUUUUUUCAGUACUUAGCUGUGGAACUGUUGGUGUAAAUUUAUUUUUGAUAAAGGUUGGGUGUGUUUAUUUUAUGGUUCAGACCUGCACAUUUUGUUUUUGCACAAAAGUCAUUUUAAAAAUCUGAAAUAUAUCUGCCAAAUAUUGAAAAAGUAAUGGUGUGCAAGUAAAUACUGCAUUUUUAGUCAAAUGUUGCCAUUACAUCGUUUUUAUAUAAAGGACACUUGUGAGAGAUGGUGGUUAGAUAUGCCAAGGACAAUUAUUUUCAAUGGUGCCUACACUGUAAAAAAUUUAAAAAAGGAAAAAAAAAAAAAAAAGAAAAAAAACCUUUGUUUUAAUUUUAAAGAAGUGUUUCUGUUUAAAACUUUCAUCUGCUAUAUAACUGAAAUUCGAUUAGAAUUUAUAUCUGAGAAAAAGUCUGGAAAUAGUUUUUGAAAACAAUAAUGUUAUGGAUUAAAUAAAUAUUUUUAUAAAUGUAAAAGCAGCAAAAGUUGUAAAUACAGUUGAUCUGAAGCUUUACAAAAUAACUGCAUCACAAACAAAUUGUAGUGCUUCUCUAGCUUCUGUAGUUGUUAGUCUUGUAAAUCUGUUUAUAGAUGAAGCUUAUUUCAAUGUUUUGGGGGGUUUUAAAUGGUUUAAAAAUAAAUAUUUAAGUUCUGUAAACUUUCAUGAGCUCUUUCUGUUGUGCAUUUUAUUCUGGAUUUUAAUAAAUGUGCAGAGGCGUGCAUAUACCUCCUAUCUUGUGUUAUGGUUUAGCAAAGGUGUUCCUUGCACAGAGUUGCAUGGUUGCUUUGAAUAGGUUUUGGGUCGUUCUCCCCUCCCCCCCAUGCUGUUCUUGUCUGGAAGAUACCUACCAGCUGCUAUGCAACAGGGAAUGCUAGAGAGACAGAGCAAUUCCAGGGCUCAGUUUUGGUUUCAGUCCCAUAGAGGUGUGUUCAGGAUCCAUGUGCUCAAACGAAUGUGCAUGGCCUGUGACAACGUAGCGUGGCCUAAUAUCUCUACGGACUUAAUUGUGAACUUGGCAUUGUAAAGUGAAGGUACAAAAAGGCCAGGGCCACAGUUACCUCAGCUUUUACUUCACCAGUCUCAUCCCAAAUCUUAUUGUAAAGACCUCCAUAUUCAUUUCUCAGAAUUAAAAUCAUGUUUUUACUUCUAUGUCACUUCCUUUAACGUGUGGUAUGGUUUUUGUUUUUGUUUUUUUAAUGAGACCAAGGGGAGAGGUGAUAAGAAUUUCUCCUGAAUUUUGUAAUUGGUGGUUAUACCCUGUUGACAGAGUCUUUAAUCUAUGCAACUCCAUAUCCUGUUCUGGGUAGCCAGGGUUAGUGAAUUAAUUAAUCUGUCCUAUUUAUGUGGUAAGACUGUAGCAAGUUACUGAACUAUGGUGCCUCUUCCUGUGAAACGGGUGGGUCGUAUGCCUACCUCACAGGACAGUAUGGGGGGAAAAAAUCAUCCAUGUAUGCAUAAAACAGCUUCAUUCUCUUGUAAGAACAGUCCAUUUAAAGACUGCUUUAUUGUACUGCACAUGGCAUUUUUGCACCUAAGGUCUCUGUGCAUUGUAUGACUGUAACUCUUAAGAAUGGAUGUCUGUAUUACUGGUUUCCAGAGAACAGUUCCUUUUUCCCCAUGACUUGUUAGAUAUUGAUGAACUGUGUAACUUAAUCAGCAGUAUUCUGUUGCUGGCAGAUAGAUAAUGGGAAGAGAUAUCAAGAUAUUCAUUUAGGAAUCAUCUUCUUGUGUGUUUGGUUUGUUAGGUUUCCCACCGUAGAUGGAGAAGAAUUGAUAUUGAAGUAGUCUUAUCAAAGUAGUCUGAAUCACAGAGUAGAGAAAUGUAUUUGUUCUUGGGUAGAUGAGUCCUUUAUCAAUGUAAUCAUUCUUAAAACCCCUGGUCUCUUGAUUCCUCUAGCACACUUCUGUACAGUAAGCAUUGUAGUAUUGUAAAAACCUGUUCUUGCAUUCAAUUGAAUGUCUCUAGUUGAAUAGGAAAGUACAUAGAUUCUUGAUGUGUUUGCACAAGGCUUAGCAAUUGUUAAAGGUCUCAUUUUUAUAACACUGUUUUAUGACUUAACACUGGAAUAAAAUUAUUUUAUUCUUUACAAAGU